UCUCAUUUCAGUUGUGUUUGGAUAACGAAGCGAGCCAGUCGCAUCAUCAGAGUGAGCUGGAAAUCAGAUCGCCGGCUAAUUGAGGAAAUGGCAAUCUCCGCUUGGACGCUUCUGGUGGCUCUUAUAGCUUGGCGAUCGGGAGCGGAGGUUGGGGCCCAGGUGCCAGGCCCUCGAACGAGAUACCAGCCCAAUUGGGCCAGUUUGGACCAGAGGCCACUGCCCAAAUGGUACGAUGAGGCCAAGGUGGGCAUCUUUCUCCACUACGGCGUCUACUCGGUGCCCAGUUUUGGCUCCGAGUGGUUCUGGACCAACUGGAAAAGUCUCCGUAAUCCCGACUACAUCCGAUUCAUGCAACGCAAUUACAAGCCCGACUUCACUUAUCAGGAAUUCGCGGACCAAUUUACUGCGGAGCUGUUCAAUGCCACUCAGUGGGCGUUACUUUUCCGAGAUAGCGGAGCAAGAUACGUAGUGCUGACCAGCAAACAUCACGAUGGAUUCACGCUGUGGCCAUCGAAGAGCAGCUUCGGUUGGAAUUCAGUGGAUGUGGGACCGAAGCGGGAUAUAAUCAAGGAACUAGCUGCCGCGGUUCGCAAAGAGUCCGAUCUGAAAUUCGGUUUAUACUAUUCACUUUUCGAGUGGUUCAACCCCCUGUGGACCGACGACAAGUUGCACCUGCUGAUGCAGCAGCACUUUGUGGAGCGAAAGGUGCGACCGGAGCAAAUGGAGCUGGUGGAGCAGUAUUUGCCGGAGAUCAUUUGGUCCGAUGGCGAUUGGGAGGCUCCGGCGAAGUAUUGGCGAUCCGAGGAGUUCAUCGCCUGGCUUUACAACGAUAGUCCAGUGAGGGAUACCGUGGUGACCAAUGAUCGUUGGGGCUUCGGCACCGCCUGUUUGCAUGGCGAUUUCUAUAACUGCGCGGAUCGCUUCAAUCCGGGAGUCUUGCAGGCUCACAAGUGGGAAAAUGCCUUCACUUUGGAUCGCAAAAGCUGGGGUCAACGAUUCGAUGUCAGUUUGGCCGAUUUUAUGACCUCCAAAGAGGUGAUUAAAGAGAUCGUCACAACUGUCAGUUGCAAUGGCAAUGUUUUGAUAAAUGUGGGACCCACCAAAUAUGGCACCAUUUUACCAAUAUUCGAGGAACGUUUGAGGGAUAUGGGUCAUUGGUUGAAAAUCAAUGGGGAAGGUAUCUACGCAAGUGUCCCCUGGAUUUAUCAGAACGAUACCAUUACUCCAAAUGUUUGGUACACGCGACGACAGGAGGUUUCCAAUGGCAUCAUUACCGUAUACGCAUUCGUACUGGAUUAUCCUUAUGACACCAAUGAGCUGGAUAUCUAUCCACUCGGCAGGGAAAUCAAUGUAUUCCGGAAUGUCAUGUUGACAGGAAUCGAUUUGGGAACCGAUGUGGAGAUCAUAAAUGAGCAAAGCACUGAAGUCCUUAUGUUGGGCAUGGAGGACACCAAAAUUAAGUGGACUUCGGAUCACAACAAACUGCAUAUUCAGUUUCCCCCGAAACACCACAUCGAUAAGCGAGGACUAGACUUUGCCUGGACUUUUAAAAUAACUAUAAAAUAGAUUACUUUAUGAACAAAUAUGCAAUAUUAUAAAUUACCAUAAUAAAUAAGAAUAAUUGUU